AUGUUGGCAAUUGAUGAACUUGAAACUGGUAAAGGACUUAACCAAAUUGGCACUGUGAAACGAGUUGGAGAAACUCAUUGGAGCUCUCAUUUUAGUUCUGUUUGUAGCUUGAUAAGGAUGUUUGAUACUACUUGUUUUGUUCUAGAAAAUAUUAUUGAAAGCAGCUCUAAUUAUUAUAUCCGCGGAGGUGCAGUUGCAACAUAUAAGAAGAUUACAUCUUUUGAUUUUGUUUUUAUCUUACAUCUAGUGAAAGAGAUAAUGGGUAUUACAGAUAUUCUUUGCCAACAUCUACAACAAAAAUCCCAAGAUAUAGUAAAUGUUAUGUACUUAGUCUCAAGCACCAAAACUUUGAUACAAAAGUUAAGAAAAGAUGGUUGGGACAAUUUGUUGGAAGUUGUGAAAGAAUUUUGUGAAAAGCACAAUAUUGAGGUUCUUGAUAUGGAUUCUCCAUAUGUGAUAAAACAUGGUAGUCAUCAACAUAUUGAUUUCAAUAAGGAGCACCAUUAUUGGGUUGAGAUAUUCAAUGUUGCUAUAUAUUCUCAAUAUUUUAAGCUAAAUAGUAGAUUUAAUGAACGGACAAUUGAUCUUUUUACCAUUAGCUCCGUUUUGGAUCCAAAGGAUGCUUAUAAAUCCUUCAAUAUAGAUGAUACUUGUUGUAUUGUGGAAAAAUAUUAUCUUUUUGAUUUCACUGAUUAA